GGAGGCUAGGACACCGCGUACCUCCCGGCAAACUGUCCCUCCCCGCGGGACAGGGCCAAAGGCGGCCCUCCGUGUGCACAGCGGCCCCAAGGGCACCGGGAGACUCGCGCUCGGCUCGCGUGGGGCUCACCGCCCGGCCCGGAAGCUGUGGGCGGCACGGGCGCGGAGCCUCGGGGCGGGUGCAGGCGGGGCGGGCCCUCUGCGCCCGGGCCGUCUCCUCCGGUUACAAACCCAGCGAGCGGGCUCCUCGACUCGACACGCCUCUCACCAGAUCGGGUGUCUCCUGGUCUCAGCUCGGCUCCAAAUGGACCGCAACUGCUCCUGCCCCACUAGCGGCUCCUGCAGCUGCGGCUCCUGCACCUGCAAGGCCUGCAGAUGCCCCUCCUGCAAGAAGAGCUGCUGCUCUUGCUGCCCUGUGGGCUGUGCCAAGUGUGCCCAGGGCUGCAUCUGCAAAGAGGCCUCGGACAAGUGCCGCUGCUGUGCCUGAUGUCAGGGAGAGCCUGCCCCAGGUGUCCGCAGAGCAACCAAGACAGACUUGCAUUUAACAAUUGUCUCUUACUACCUUGAUGCAAUACGACAUUCCUUUUUCUAUAAAAUAUGUGAAUUGUAAUAAAUCUUGUUGACUGUA